GUAGUACGCAAUCCUAGUCCAAAAAGGAUUAGGAUUUCCAAUUCCGUUAUAUUUUUAACCUCCUUCACUUUAGCGAUCAUUUUUCCUAUAUAAUAAUUGCCAAACUAAUUCCUCAAAUCCUCAAAGCAUAAUGAUAAUGUCAAGUUUGAGCUCAUUGGUUUUCUUAGUCCUAACUAACCUGCCAAGUCCUGAGGUGGAUUCCGAUACAGCUGAAGUUGAAGAGGUCCUGGGCAACUUGGCACCUCCUGAGGCAGAUAAAGUUGAAGAGGAAGAGGAGAUUAACGAACUUCAACAUGACUUAGCUUCUUCUUCUUCUUAUAAUUUAGCUGGUGACUUGAUCGUAGAUCAGCUAACAAAGAUGGAGGACUUUCAAGCUCCUCAAGUGCAGUAUGGAGCUGAAGGGAAUGAAGACAUUGGAGAGAACUUAAUUGCACUGCCUCGUCAAUCAGCAGGUCGUUGUGUUGACAUGGUAGGGAAUCUGAAUUCAGUUUGUGGGUACAGAUUUUCUCCUAAUGAUUAUGAGUUGAUCAUUUAUUAUCUAGCGCAAAAGAUUUUGGGCAUGCCACGACCUCUGGAUAUAAUCCAAGAAAUUGAUGUAUACAAGUGUGACCCUGAGCAGCUUCCAAUUGAUGAAUUCAAGCAUGCGUUGCCUGGAGAGGCAUAUUUCUUUACACGUAAAGUGAGGAAACAUUCAAAUAAAUCAAGUUCAAGACGAACUAUUGGCACGGGAUACUGGAAAGCCACGGAUAAAGAAACCAUUGUGACUCGCAGGAAGAAGUGCGUCGGCUAUAAGAAAACUAUGGUUUUCUACAGGGGAAAGGCACCGAAAGGGAAGAGAACCCAUUGGAUUAUGGAUGAAUAUAGAGUGAAUGCCUCGUUAUUUCCUAAUAUUCAGCGUAACGAACGCCUUAAAUCCAACGUAAUCACAAGUAAUCCCAAUUUUCUGCUUCUCAUAGUUUUUAAAUUCUCAAGUUUUAUUUCUUUUAAUCAUGCUGCAGUUGGAGAACUAUGUGGUAUGCAGAAUCAGAAGAAAGAGCAAAAGUAGUGCUGUAAGUAUUGUUGCUCUUAGCAUGUAGACAUGGUCUAUACGGGCAAUUGGGUCCGCUGAUCAGCGUGGUUAGUAAUAGUUGACAGUCUACAUCUAGCUGUUAUGGUUUAUGCCAAGUUGAAUGAUGAUUUACGAUGCACAAAAAUGCAAUGCAGUCUAUCAGAUUGCUACUAUGUCAA